ACCUCUACCUUGUUGGAAUCAACCCUAUCCUCGAGUUUGUGACAGGAAGACAUUCCUUUGGAGGGGAUGGUUGAGACUACGUAUCUCUUCCACAGCUCCAGGACUACAGGCAAAAGCCGCAUGACUUUGCAUGGGACUUUCACAUCUCUUCAGCUCUCAUGGUCUUACCAGAAUGCAUGAUUUGGAGGAAAGUUGUGCAAAACUCAUGAAUAACCUUAUAGCCUCAUGUGGAAAUAUAAUUAACCAUAUAUUCGUAGAGGCUCGCUUCCAGCCUCUAGAUACUCCCUUCUAACCUUCCUACUGAAAAGGACGAUGGAACUACGCGAUCACGUGCAGGCACCCACGUGUCGAGGCGACUGUUUCUGAGGCCACACUCAUUCUCUGGCUUUUCCGCUUCUUUGACCUGCUCUUUGUGCUGAUUUUCAACCUCCGAACUGACCAAACUCUCGUCAUGGCCCUUCACAAAAAGUAUAAACAUCCGCUCGCGUCAGGCUGGAUUGGGUGCACACGCUACACUAUGACAGAUCGUCCACAAACUCCACCACCCAAUCCAGUUCCUGAUGUUGGCCCUGCUAGAGCGGGUGCAGCAUCAGGCAUCGAAAACUCUACUGUUGCCCAGGAUUCCGACCUUGCCCCAGAAGUGAUCUUCUUACGUGAUCACCUUACCUCUAGGCCAAAAGGAAAGCUGUUUACUGUCCGUCACAGCCAGUACAAGAAAGCUGUCAACCAGGUCGUCUCCGUUAAAGGUGCCGAAUCCAACCUUUACAACCCCGUCUGCACUUUGUUGAAUAAAAUCAGUAAACGUAUAUACGACACUUAUCAGAAUGCUAGGAUAUAUCUUCCGCACGAUGCUCCCGUCUUCUUCCUUGAUCAUCACACAGCUCCGCCUAUGUACCACGGCGGUCCCUUCGACGACAAACCUGAUAUAAUUGGGGUCUUUGCAACAUCAAAAUCGAUGACGGAUUUCAAGACAGGCCGUAAUAGCUAUACUAACGUGCCAUAUCACAUGAUUGUUACCACUGGAGAAUGCAAGCCGGAAGCUGAGGAAGGGACACCGCAAGCUAUAAGUUACACUUGCCAACAUCUUGAAGCUCGACCAGAUAUGCCUGGUGUCUACGCUAUCUUCGCCAAUGCUAAGGGUUACAAGAUCAUCUGGUCGGACGCCUCUGGGGUGGUAAGCUCACCGUUCAUGUCCUGGAAUAAUCAAAAACUUCUCGAGGGAUACAUCCGUUCUUUGUAUUUUCCCCCGAAGAAACAUCAUCUAUGGGACCCAUCCAUCUCUGCACCAAUCCUUCUUCCAGAUCCAGAUCCACAAGCUAGUAUCGACUCUCGAAAGGUUCACUGGACAAUCAAGUACAAUAACAAGAAGUACGAGAACUGUAUUCCGCUGUAUGUCAGCAGAUCCACCUGGGGAAGACGAACUGCCGUGUUCAUGUUUCAGGAAAACAAAGGCGUGUUUGCUGUGAUUAAAGAUGCGUACCGAGACGACGGCCGACGUUUUAACGAGGUGACAUUACUUCAAGACAUCCACAGCGAAGGUAUAUUCCCAGGAGUUGUCCGAGUUAUCGCUUCAGGUGAGGUUCAUACAGCUGAUGGUGAGGCAAUUGGAACCGCUCGGUCGGCAGUCAGAGGCAAGAUACACCACCGCACCAAGAAGCGACUGAUUAUGGGAAGCCGAGGUAGCAAGUUCUACGCCGCUAAAAGCGUAAAGGAUUUGUUAAUGGCUAUCUUCGACGCGUUGGAAGUACAUCGUGCUCUCAUCGCACGUCGUCAGUUCCUGCAUCGUGAUCUCAGUAUGUAUAAUGUGCUGCUAUAUCCAGAGCAUGCAGAAGAUAGUAUACAGGGGAAGAAAUUCAUCGUGAAUCCUCCAAAGUUUAUCGACGAGAUCCUUGGCCAGCUGAGCGAGUACGACGAUAAGUGUCGCGCACUCCUAAUCGAUGCUGACAAUAGCGCAUCUCUGAAGCCUGAACUGUUAUUCGACUCCGAUGCAGAUGCAGCGCUUCGUGAAGAGCUUGCUUGUAGAACUGGUACCCCCCGUUACAUAGCUCGCGCGGUUGCAUCUGGCAAGCUGCUUACAGGCAAAUCGUCCAGGAACUUCACAAAAAUGCCUACUCUCUCCACUGAAGCUAAAGGGCUGUACAUAGCAGCGUUUGGCCAAGCCACAUAUGAGUAUUAUCUAGACGACGAUACAUUCCAUGGAGGCAAAAUCCGCACUUCUGCACCCCCUGCAUUCUUGCACAGACCGGACCACGACGUCGAGUCUCUUUUCUGGCUUCUAGUUGCUUGCUUAAUACUAGCGAAACCUCUGAACGAACCUGACGCUCCUACGCAACAAUUUGUGGAUGCCUGAGACUAUAUAGAAAAUCAUACUAUCAGUGCAAACUCCCGGAAUGAUCGACGCGGAGAAUUCCUGGACCACGAGGAAAGCGAUUGGGAGAACGUCCUUCACCCGAAACUAGCAUCGCUCGCAGGUAUGCUCACCAAGCUGGGGGACCAUGUCCAACCGGAAUACGCUCUACUGGACCCACCACCUCCACAAGAGCAUUUGCAUGAAGCAUUCCGGAGAAUCUUGCUCGAGCGAAUUAUGUGCAUGGAUGACCCCAUACUCCUUACGCCUGGUCGAUCGCGGACAGUUGCACUUCCUGCACCUGCGGGUCAAGGGCGUGACCCCAGAGUUCCUACUGGUUCGAAGCGGAAGGCUGGUAAAGAAAAGGUAGAAGAAGGUUCUUGUCGAGGGAGCAAACGUUCUCGCAGGAUGUGCAAUGUUCUAGACCAAGGACUUCCAUCAUGGCUGUUACACGACCGCGAUUCAUACAUGAACGAUUAGUUCUUCGAUUUUCCCGUUUAUUAUUUAGAGUGAGCAUAGAAGCCUCCGUUAUUUAUCCAAAAGAAUCGUUAUUCCGCAAAAACAUCAUCAUUGGAAAAUC